AUGCCCAGGAGUUCAUCGGCUCUGAUCUUGAAUUCAUGCAUAGCCAACUCGGCUGGAUCAUCACCGGAGUCUGAUUUCGUUCUUCGGCAUUCUAGGACAAGAUCAGUGUCUUUGACGACGGCCUUUGGUUCUGAUGAUCACCAACUGAAGAGUCCGGCAACACGAUCAUUAUCCGAGUUGGACCUCCGAGACCCACAGGUGCCGAAGAAGAACAACAGUACAAGUACCAAACCACCCACUACUCCGAAGCCAGCUAAUGUUAAAGAGAACGGAGAACAAGAGGUAGGUCGGCCACGUUUGUCGAGGACGGUAGAGAGGUUGUUGUUGUCGAGCUCUGGGUUGGGUGAGGCUGAUGAGGAGGGUACGGACGCUUAUUGUAAGUGGAUGAUCAAGGCAAACCCUGGAAAUUCUCUUACUCUCAAACUAUGCCAAGUUCUUGAAAGAGGUUAG